AUAGAGAUCCUUGCCCUUCUUUUGUAUAUAACAUUUCAGAUCUCCUCACCGACCCCAUUUGCUCCGACCACUCGCCCGCCCGCCGGGUUCUUGGUUGGCGUUCGCCGGCCGGGGAUGGACGCGAUAAGGAAGCAGGCCACGCGGCUCAGAGAGCAGGUCGCGAGGCAGCAGCAGGCAGUUCUCAAGCAAUUUGGUGCUGGUGGACAUGGAAGUUCUGAUAGUGUAAUUACAGAUGAGGCAGAACUUCAGCAACAUCAAAAGUUAGAGAAGCUUUACAUAUCAACCCGUGCAGCCAAGCAUUUUCAAAGGGACAUUGUUCGCGGUGUGGAAGGUUACAUUGUCACCGGAUCUAAACAAGUUGAAAUAGGUAAUAAGUUGUCUGAAGAUAGUAGAAAAUAUGGCGUUGAACACACCUGCACCAGUGGCAAUACACUAUCAAAAGCUGCUAUAAGUUAUUCAAGGGCUCGUUCUCAGAUAGAAAAAGAGCAUGGAAAUCUCUUAAAAGCUCUUGGUACCCAGGUUGCAGAGCCAUUAAGAGCAAUGGUAAUGGGUGCUCCUUUGGAGGAUGCUCGACACCUUGCGCAGAGAUAUGACAAAAUGCGUCAAGAAGCUGAAGCUCAGGCUAUUGAAGUUUCAAAGCGUCAAAUAAAAGUAAGAGAAACCCCAGGCAAUAUUGAUAAUAUAUCAAAGUUAGAAUCUGCUGAGGCUAAGCUGGAAGAGUUGAAGUCAAAUAUGGCAAUAUUGGGUAAGGAAGCUGUUGCAGCAAUGACUGCUGUUGAAGCCCAACAACAAAGGUUAACUUUACAGAGGCUUAUUGCAAUGGUUGAGUCGGAACGAACUUUCCAUCAGAGAAUCCUGCAGGUCCUUGACCAACUUGAAGGAGAGAUGGUAUCAGAGCGUCAAAGAAUUGAAGCAUCUCCAAAUCCAGUCAUCGAAAACUUUAUGCCACCACCCCCAUCAUAUGAAGAAGCCAAUGGGAUGUUUUCGACCUCAACAGUUGAUGGAUCAGCUGAAAAUGUGGAAUACUUUUUAGCAGAGGUUAUACAUUCAUAUCAGGCUGAGACAGAUGUGGAGCUCAACUUGUCAGUUGGUGACUAUGUUGUUGUAAGAAAGGUGUCUGGUAAUGGUUGGGCGGAAGGUGAAUGCAAAGGAAAAGCAGGUUGGUUCCCUUAUGCAUACAUUGAAAGACGAGAACGUGUGCUUGCAAGUAAAGUUGCUCAAAUUUUUUAGCCGGGCAUGGGAGAAUAUGGAUUCCCAUAUUGAAGCUUCUGCUGGGUUCUCUAUGCCUGCAGCUGCGUACAAUACAAGUGGAAGAUGUGCAAGCCUUGACGUUGCCUCUUUGUUUUCUUCUUUGUUCCUUUUCUUUUACUUCAGUUUGAAGUUUCUAUUCCUCUAAAGAUGGCCCAUUUUGUUUACUGAUGAAGUAUUGCCGUCUUGCAUUUCUUUUUGUAACGUUAAGUAGAUUAUGAAGCAAGUAAAGUUUUUUAUCGUC